ACAUAGAUAAUGUUGAGCCCGUUGAGUGGGUCCUGAUCGGUCCUGAUCUGCAGGGCUGAUACUAGUCCUGGACGCAACACCCGGUGGCUUGAGAUAACGGGAUCCUUCAGACCAGAAGACAUUUAAACGUUACUGGGCGCACAUUUCACAAGAUUCGCAACGACCAGGACAAAUACAAGAAGACAUAACCCCACCACAUCCAUGGAUGAAAAGAAGCGUUCUCGUUUGUAUUUUAUCGGCAAGAAGGAUCAUCUCAUUCAGGCCAAGAGAAUGACUGUAACUCUGGACGGAAGAGAGAUUCUUAUAAUAUAUCAUCAGAGAACUUUCCAUGCGAUGGACCUGCAGUGUUACCAUGCUGGCAGUAGCUUGGAGACAGGAGAUAUCGAGGAAAUCAACAACAAGCACUGUAUUGUGUGCCCAAAGCACAAGUAUAGGAUCUCUCUGGCUGACGGUGAGGGGUUAUACAGGGCCAAAAACCCCUUGGAAGAAAACCCUACCCCGCGGUGGUAUUCCAAAGGCAUAAAGCAAAGAGUGCACAAAGUGAUGGAAGUAGACGAAGACAUCUUUGUGACGUUGUCCAAUUGCCCCGGGUGGAUUGAGUCAGACUAUUAUCAGACUGAGACGGGCAGGGCAGAACUGAGAAAUAAGGAGGAGUCGGAAGAUGGAGUAGCAGACGUGAAUGCAGAUGAAGACUUUUAGUCUGGCAGCAACAGUGAGACGAGAGCUUCAGAGAUCCUAAGGGAACUGCAUAUAUUAAGAUUGAUGAUUUCAGAGUCAGUCUACUUGAAUAAAACUGCCAAUUGACAUCAUGAAUCAAAAAAUAUCAUGCCCAUUAUUGUGACAAUGCCAGGCUCUCUGUACACCUCCAUGAUUCAUAGUGAUAGCCUGUCUUUCAGCUCAAUUUUCUCAACUGAACAAUGACAUAAUGUUCGUUUUUUGCAAAAUGGGAAAUUGUUUUGUAUAAGAUGAAAAUGUGCAUUCUUAAAUGGAUGAUUUUUUUGAAAAUACUAUAUAUCCAUAUAUUUUAUAUUACACAGUAUGUAUAUGUAUAUAUACUUUUUACAUUUAUGCAAUUGACUCGCUUUCAGGCCAAAUCGUCAGCUUUUUAUGUAUAAAUACACUUUCUCAUAUUAUGAUGUCUUUGGGUAUAAAAAAAAGUUGGUACAAUCUAUUUUUAAACCGUGAGCUCAAAUUGACAUUGAAAAUGCCAUAUUUAGUUUUCAAAAUUUCAAUUAAUUACCAAGUUGAUUCUUGCACAAAUAUUUAACUUGACAAAUAUACUGAAGAGAAACAAUGACCAUCAGCUUCAGGCAAAGCAGAAAGAGUAAACGACAGAGGGCCAGGAAUUAAGACAGUCUUGGCAUACAUCAUAAUUUAUUUUCAAAUUAUAAUAAAUAAUUACAUUUGUUUGGC